AUGUGCGUGUGCGACGCGUUAUUCUUGGUGUUUAUUUCUUUUCUGACACGAAAAGUUCUCGUUUUGCGUGCGCAGCAUGCGUUUACACCCGAGAAUACAGGUGUCGAGGCUCCGCCCGCCGCAGCGCCUAGUCUUGCCGAUCCCAUCGAUGCAGUCAAUCAAGUGGUAGACCGCUCUUUUGAUGUGCAUGAAGCUUUUGCUCACUUGAAAAAAGUUGACAAAGGCUUGGCCAAAGCGAUCACCGAGAAAGAUAUUGCUGCAUAUGUGGCUCGAGUCCAACAGACCGAUUCAUCCAAUCCGUUUAGAGAUUUAGCAUCAUCUAUUAUUUAUCAGCAGCUUAGUGGCAAAGUAGCCGCGGUCAUCCGCACACGAUUUGUAAGUAUGUUUGCAGAAGAACACAAAGUCAAGGUUCCCAAGGCAGUUACAGGCGAUUUCAAGUGGUUUCCAACUGCAGAAAUGGUGCUUGCCAAGACACCAGAAGAACUCAAGACUGUAGGCCUUUCGCUUCGCAAGUCGCAGUACAUUCUUGAUCUUGCGCAAAAGUUCAAGGAUAACGAUAUCACGACCUACAGACUGCAUAGAAUGUCCGAUGACGAAAUACGUGAGCUGCUGAUCCAAGUGAAGGGUAUUGGUCCUUGGACGGUGGAUAUGUACCUGAUGAUGGAUCUGGGUCAUUCGGAUAUCCUCCCGACAACCGAUCUUGGAAUUCGGAAGGGGAUAGCGAAACACUUUAAUUUGAAAAAUAAUCUGCCUUCCCCAGAUGAAAUGGAAAGACUCACAAAGCAUUGGCGCCCCUACAGAAGUGUUGCUUGCUGGUUGAUGUGGCGCCUUUUGGAUAUCAAGACUGCCGCAGAUUAA